CGACGGUCACUCCGCUAUACGUGUGAUUAGAUAAGGCGGGGAAGGUUCAUAGUGCGCCCAAGAUGCAGAGCUCAUAAGAAGCAGAGAUUCGACCGGCUCGGUCUCAGUUUACCCGGUGUGUGCAUGCCGACAAACAACGUUUAUUUUCACCUUUCUUCGACAAAACUUAUCUCUCUCCCCCUCUCUCCCAUUCGCUCUCUCUCUCUCUUCUAUACACGUUAUCACCGCCGCGUUGCCCGACCCUCUCAAGUGUGACACCCACAUAUUUAUUGACUUAAGACAAUAAGCACCGUUAAUUGCGAGGAACGCUCGUUACUGUUUAUUUUGUGCCCGUUUUCUCUUGUGGCGAAGGGAAGCAAACGGAAAAUCUGGACGAUUGACGGCCUGAAACAACCGUCGCGGAUGGACCGAAGAGGGCUUUUAUUCGUGUAUCCUGUCGAGGAAAUUAUCGGCAAUUAAGUGUGAUCUCUGAUUCUAAGGAAGAAAAGGAACAUCGAUCGUCGGGUGAACCGUUCGAAAGAAGAGCCGAGCAGCAGAAAAAUCUUGUCCGCAGGUAUGAAGAACAAACCAUCCGGCGUUUCGGAGUUUCGUCAACUUGUUAAACUCAGGUGAUAGCUUGCACGUUUCAACGAAAUUUAAUGCCAGUUCGUUAUCGCGGUUCAGAAUCGAUUUUCGCAGCUGAAAUAUUGACUCGCUUGAAGACUGUAGCUCGAGUGUUGAAAAAAAGUCAGCGAUAAAUAUCAGACAUGCCUUCUUGCGGCAGUGAGAACGUGUCGAGAUUCUGGGGCUCGAGCCCCCCGAUCUCAAGGCGAAACAGCACGGCCUCGUCUCCGUCACCUGGAUCACCUCUGUCAACGUCGCCCCCCGACGUCUCCCCGAUGCUGACGUUGAAGCGCUCGUCAUCGACGGUCUCGAGCGCCUCGGUCUCCUCGACGAUAUCCAGCGCCUCGAGCACCCAGACGACGAUUCUGACCUCGAAACGGCCCAACCGCCAUCACCACCACCACCACCACCAGAACCAACAGCAUCCGACGAGCCCGAUCCAGGACCGCCGACGAUCAGCGUCGAGGGAAAUUCCGUCGACGAAGAGUCGCCCGUUUAUCCUGACGAGCAUCGGUCACUGGUACGCCGGUUUGGUGAUCGGCGUUUUCACCGCCGCGUACAAAAUCGCGAGCUGUAUAAUAUGGGCACCGGCAUUGUGGGUCUCGGCGUGGGUCUGCAUGCUAUGGGCGAUUCUGCAGCUGCCGUUAACGGCCCUCAAGUGGUUCCUGACCGCGCUCUACACCCCAGCCUCGGAGAGAGUCAGGCCCAAACGAUGCGUCCUGAUCAGCGGCGGUAGCACCGUGCAGGCCGUCCACCUAGCAAGGAACUUCUACAAGGCCGGUGCCCGCGUCGUGGUCUGCGAGGUCGAGGGCCUCUUUGGGCUGGCCCGUUUCUCAACCGCCUGUUCGCAGUUCCACACGCUUCCCAUACCUGGCCCAGACUCCGCGGCCCAGUACGUCAAGGCCCUCCGCGACAUCGUCCAGCGCGAGAAACCGUCCUACUACAUACCGGUCAGCGCUUCGACGACCGCAUACUACGACGCCCUGGCAAAGCCUCACCUCGAAGCCCUUGGAUGCGAGUGCUUCGUACCCGGCGCCUCUGAGGUCACGGCCCUCGACGAUCCGCUCGAGCUUUUGCGUCGAUGCAGGUCUGUCGGGCUUCCGACUCCGUCUCACUUUGUCCUCCGGUCCUCGGCCGACGUGGCCAAUCUUUACGAACGCGGCGUCCUCCGCACCGGAAGACACGUCAUGCUGGCCGCCGGGCCCGCCGGGAUGCGGGACCGUGCCAAAGUCGUGCUGCCCCCGACGGUCCGGGACUUUAGGAGCGAAAACUACGAGCACGAGAUAAGCGACAAGCGGCCCUGGGUCGUGGUUCGCGAUCCGGGUGGCGCCCAUUUUCUCACCUGCACGACCGUCAAGGACUCGAAGGUCGUCGCCAACGUGACCUGUCGCGUCGACGAGCAUCGGGGCCUCAUACCCGAAGACAGACCCGACGUCUCCCGCUGGUUGGAUCGCUUCUUCGCCCGAUCACCGGGCCACAAGAUGUCCGGUCACCUGAGCUUCCGGCUGGCCGAAUCGGGCCUCGAGAACGAUCUCGUCUCCAUCGGUUGUCGCGUCGGCGUCUCUUUCCCCUACGUCUGUCACACCGGCGUUCAUCCCAGGCUCGUUUGGCGACCCUGCAGGCACUUUUCGAGACAGAAUUCCGAGCAUCUCGCGAACGGGGAUCGCGGCCAGAAUCUCAACGAGGCCGUCGCCAACGCCCUGAAGAGGCCUCCGACGGACGUCGCCUCCCAUCUUCUCGGCACCGUUCUCGACAAGCGGGAGACCCUUUUCGUCUACUGGGACCCUCUGCCCUAUUGCGCUUACUACCAUCUGCAGCUGCCCUUCAGGCGCAUCGCUGGCGUAAUCAGGGCCCAGCCUGCCGGACAACACGCCCAGCCCUUGGCGCUGGUGCAGUAAAGGGAGGGUCGAAGAGGGUUCAAGGGUUUGGGAAGGAUCGAAGGUCGAUCAGCCGCAACGGUUAAUCGGGUUCACACGAACAUUCGGCGUGUAUCGAAUACCCUCGUGUUUCAUGCGUAUUAAUUAAUUUUAUCAAAUUGUAAAUACAGACUCGUAUAUAUGCGUACAGACUAUACAUUAUAUACGUACAUUUAAUGCUUUGAUAUAACUUUGAUGGUAACACGAUCACAAGAUUCACAUAUACACAGAUAUACGACGUAUAAGAUAUCUGAAUAAAAUUUUUGGAUAUAAUUAUAUUUAUACAUAUAUGUAUACGAGUAUAACGUAAAUUAAUUUCGCAAAAGUCGUACGAAAGGUUGCUGAAUGUAUGGAUAUUUCGAGUUAAUUAUUAACUCGAACAAAGAUUACGGUCUGUCGAUAUAAGGUAUAAUAUAUUUUACGAAACGUACAUACGUAUGCGUGUUUGUACGAUAAGUAUCCGCGCAUACGUGUAAAAUAACACGGUUGUAGAAAAAUUAAUCGAAAAAAAUAUUCACGACGAAUCUGAACCUUAGAUUACGUCGUCUCAUAAUGGAAAUUAUUGCACGGUAUUAUGCAACGCUUCGAAGAUUAUCGUCGUUACAAAAUAUUCCGCAAUACGUGAUUGAUGUUCGUUUGAAUUUUAAUUUUUCAUUUUCUAAAGUUUUCUCUUAUUUUUAUUUUAUUUUUUUUUUUUCUUCUUGCUUUUUUGCGUUCGAUGUUUUGUAUUUUCGAAUGAAUCGAUAAGAAUUUCUUCAGCUUACAGUUAGUUUGACUCAACGGUGCCGAAGUGUGAGAGAAUAUGUCAUGUAUAAGUAUAGAUUUUUGCGAGAUUCACAGAGCGCGACGGUAGACGCAAGUGUACAAAUAAUUUUAGGAUCAAUGCCCUACGAGUCGCCAAAUGUUGUAACCAUCAUUAUACACGAAUUUUAUCAUAGUUGAGAUAAAAGUACUCUGCUUAUUUAUAAUAGACUUAUAUUGUGUUUCUCUUACUCUCUCAUAUUGUAUUUAUAUGUAUAUGUAAUUAUCAUAGUAUCGUGUGUUUGCAAGAAUUUAUAAAAUAAGAUUGUGUGUGGAGACUAUGUUUUUUAUAACAACGUUGACUAAGAAAUUGUAAUACGAUCUAAAUACUUGUUCUGUUCUUUAAUCGCAUAUACAUGCAUGUAUAUGUGGUACAUGUACGUUUCUUAACAUUAUACCAUAGAUCUUGCUAAAUCGAGAAUAUAACAUAUAUAGUACAUACAUUAUGUAUACAGCUAGAUUAUUUACUAGCAAUAUUCUCAUAAGCAAUUUCUUGACGUAAUUAAUUGAAAAGAAAUACAGAUUCCAAAGUACAGCCGUUGAA